AUGACCCGAACGGACCCACCGGAUCUGCUGGUGUCGACCGUAUACCAAGACAUCAAGGUGGCCGCCCCGGGCCCUGCAGCCAGUGGCCCGCCAUGUGAAGGCCCAAUGUCCCGGCCCGCGGCUCCCGAGCCUUUCAACAAGCGCCACUGCCGCAGCUUUGAUUUCCUAGAGGCGCUGGACGGGCCGGCCAUGGAACCCCGCGGUCCCGAACGGCACCAGCAAGAGCCGCCUCCCGUGGCGCCGCGGUACGGACCACCUGGCCCUGAGCCUGCUCGGCCCCGCCACCGCGGAAAGGAUGGGGAACCCAAGCGCCGGGCCCGCUCCAAAAGUGCGCCCAGGGCUAAGACCAACCUGGUGCCAGCGGCCGCGCCUGCCUCACCCCCAGUUCCUAGAAGGGGCCGUGAAGUGCAGAGGGCUCCGCCCCGAGAGCCGCCCUCUCCGAGGCGAGAGCCCACCUACCCAGCUAUGCGUGCGCUGGCCAAUGAACUUCACCCUAUCAAGCUCCAGCCGCAGCGCAGCAGUGCUAACCGCAUUUCGCCCCUCUGCCCUGCCAGCCGCUGCGUUCCUCCACCGGAGGAGCCAGCUCGGGCCCCAGCCCCGGCCCCCCACGUACGCUGCCGCGUAGACAUUAAGCCUGAUGAGGCUGUGCUGCAACAUGCCGCCCGUGGAUCCCGCUCUAUCCCCCCGGCAGAGAGCCAGGCCUGGGCACGUGUGCCCUUGCCCCACCGGGGGCUCACGGUGCCUGGGCCUCGCCAUGUGAUGCUGUCGCGCACGCCCACGCCUAGUGACUCCUACAGCGGGGAGCCACGAGCGUUGUAUUGCGACGGUCCCUUCCCUGGGCCGCCCUCGCGCGACUAUUCUGAACGGGGCUGCCCUCCUUUCGCUGCCCCGCCUGGCCCCACUAAGUUCUUCUAUACAGAGGAGCCCAGCGGCUACCCAACUCUCCCAGCCCAAGCUUUCGACAGCUAUGGCACCCGCCCCUAUCCCGGGCACGGCCUCCAGCCCUACUACUCUGAGGAACCUCAAGGGCCCAGCCCUCCACGAGGCUACUACAUGGAGGACGCCCGUACUUACCCUAUCCAGGAGCCCCCCACUCGUUCCUACUACGGGGAACCCCCCCGUUGCUACGGUCCCCGCUUUGGAGAUGACCCCCGCUACAUCGAGGAUUCUCGAGCCUUCUCUUCUCGCCUUUUCUACACUGAGGACUAUACCAAGUACCGCGAGCGAAAUGCCAUGUCCAGGACUUACCCUUACCCCCGUGGGGGACACCAGUCCUGGGGAGACUGGCAACCCCUCCCCUAUCGCACCCUACAAGUUGCCCCCCUACCGCCUCCAGGCCCCGGGGCCCUGCUAUCCUCUUGGCACGGAGGCACUGGCACCAGCCCGCCUCGGCUGGCCACGGACAGCCGCCACUAUUCUCGCUCGUGGGACAAUAUCCUGGCGCCUGGCCCACGCCGGGAGGACCCUCUGUGCAGAGGCCGCAGUUAUGAAAACCUGCUGGGCCGAGAGCCAAGGGAGUCCCGGGGCCUCUCCCCCGACGGCCGACGGCCUCCGGUCGUGGUCAAUUUGUCCAGCUCUCCCAAGCGGUACGCGGCCUUGUCGCUGUCGGAGACGUCCCUGCAGGAAAAAGGCCGGGCUGGGGAAGGACCGAGCCGCGCCUGGUACGUCACCCCGGAGAUCACCAUCACUGACAACGAUCUGCGGGCUGCGGAGCGUCGGGUCGGGGGCUGGGAACACCUCGGAGGUCGCCCUCCUCCACCGGCCCCUCGCCCCCCGGCUCGUGACGGUCCGGCCUCAGCUCGGCAGCGCAGCCUGGAGCAGCUGGACGAGCUCAUCACCGACCUGGUCAUUGACUCUAAGCCCCCCACAGGUUCCACGCCCCCGGACAGUGACAGUCUGGGCCGCCAGCUGCGCCAACUCCUGAGCGACGGGCAGACCCGGGGGCCACCCGAGCCGGAGCUGGGGCCCGAACCGGAGGCCGUGCCAGAGCCCGGGUCGCCUACCAGCCCGGAUGUCCCACGCCGGGACGAGACGGCCGGCGGCUCCCCGGAGCUGAGCGCAGACGAGGACGACCUCAUGACGUGCUCCAAUGCCAAGUGCCGCCGCACCGAAACCAUGUUCAACGCCUGCCUCUACUUCAAGUCCUGCCACAGCUGCUACACCUACUACUGCUCGCGACACUGCCGCCGGGAGGACUGGGACGUGCACAAGGCCAGCUGCGUCUACGGCCGAGUGGGCAGCGUGUGCCGCCACGUGCUGCAAUUCUGCCGCGAGAGCCCGCCAGUGCACCGCGCCUUCUCGCGCAUAGCGCGCGUGGGCUUCCUGUCGCGCGGCCGUGGGGUCCUCUUCCUGGGCUUUCCCAGCCCGGGUUCUGCAGAAAACUUCCUGCAGUUUGGCCUGGAAAGCCUGUUGAUGUCGCCCACUUAUUUGUCCCUGCGCGAGCUGGGCGGCUACGCGGACCCGCUGGGCGGCUAUGGACAAGAGCUACAGGCGGCCGGGCGCCAGUACGAGCCGGCCGAGUGCUUCUUGCUCAACGUGACCGUGGCCGUGGGACCCGACGUGCCGGCACGGCCGUCGCCCAAGAGCCCGGUGCCCACUGUGCGCAAGUUCGCUAAGGUGGCUCUGGCGACGCCCGGGAGUCCCGAGCGACGACGGCGCGCACCUCGACGCGAGCCCGAAAUGGAAACGCUGAUCUUGACGCCACCGCCCGGCACGGCGGGCCUGGGCCAGGAAGGCGAGGCCGGCCGGCGAGCGCGCGAGGUGGCCUUCAUCCACAUCCAGCGCGAGCUGCGUCUGCGCGGGGUCUUCCUGCGCCACGAGUACCCGCGCAUCUAUGAGCAACUCUGCGAGUACGUGGAGGCCAACCGGCGCUUCACUCCCACCACCAUCUACCCCACGGACCGCCGCACUGGCCGCCCUUUCAUGUGCAUGAUCAUGGCCGCCUCCGAGCCCCGAGCCCUAGAUUGGGUGGCCAGUGCCAACCUGCUCGAUGACAUCAUGUGACACCCCCCUUUCUCCUCUCUCUCUCUCUCUCUCUCUCACACACACACACACACACACACACACCCUCUCCUAGGAGCAUUAGGUUUUGGACGCGUGUCUCCAACCGCCUUGGAUUCCCAACUGCCUUUCUACAUUGGGUCUCGCACCCAAAGGCCUCUCCUAGCCUAGACAGUCCCACAUCCCGACCAAACCCUGGUUGUGGCCCCGCCCUCAAUGAGCCCUUCUUGCCUUUGGCCCCGCCUCCGGCUGCCUCUUCCCGCCCCCAAUUUCCCCCCUCCUGGCUGUGGCCUCGCCCCUAACCUCUCCCACUGGGUGUGGUGGCCCAGCCCUCAACCUCUCAUCCCAACAGGGCCCUGCCGCAACUACUCUUCUCUUGGUUUUGCCUUCUCCCCACCUCCUGAACUUGGUGUUCUCGUCAGUUGACCCUCUUUCCACCCUCCUGUGCUUUCAGGUACACUGAUGGUGUAGAGGUUGCCCUGCGGCUUGUCCGGCUUUUUCCUUCCGAGGAAAGUGUGUAUGUGGGAGUGCAGAGGGUCCUUGGUUUGGAACAAUGUGGGGAAAGUACACUGGCCCAGGCCACAGUGUCUGCACAUCACUCUUUCCUACUCCCAGGCCACUCUCUACUCUUUGCCUUCUCCAAUCUCUGCGGGUCAUCACCACUCCUAACAAAAAGAGAAACUGAGUCCCUUGCCUGGGAUGUAAAGGGUCACAGGCCCAGGGUGAGAAAUUUGUUCCUUCCUUCUUUCCCCCAUCCCCACCUAAAGGUGCUUUUUCAUGCCCACUCAUCAUCCCUGUUCUGAACUUCUUUGUUAACCAAAGCUACCUUUUAGUCACUUUAAAUACCCUUAUCCUACUCAGGUCAUUCCCAAGUAGGAUUUGGGGAGAGGCCUCCAGUUUCCUUCAAAUUGAAAAGAUAUAUACUAAGUCCCUGCCUUUUCUCCUCUCUGCUCUCUACCCCAUUCCCUUAGAAAGAUAGCCCACCUCAGCUAGACUCCAAAACUGGACUUUCAAUCAUAAAGAUCAGAACUAGGGGAAGGGGUGCAGGGGAAGGAUGGUGCUAGGCAGGAUGGUAAGAAAUCGAGAACUUCCAUGUCAGUAGAGGAUCUGGAUGCACAAGUUCUG